AAAAAAUCAUUAUCCACUGCCAGCCAAAGUAGUGCUCUUUUCUUUUCUUAUCUUUUCGUGCUAAUUCCUCACUUUAGCAGCAACAACCACCAGCAUAGAAAAAUCUCAUGGCUUCCUCGAAGUCUCACGAUCUCGAGAUCACAAUAAUCUCAGCUAAACACCUCAAAAACGUUAAUUGGCGAAACGGCGAUCUCAAACCAUACGCAACCUUCUAUCUCGACAACUCGGACCGCCGACUCGCAACUCACGCUGACGACUCACUCUCAACUCGCCCAGUCUGGAACGAACGAUUUACUCUCCCCAUAACUCGCCAGAUCUACGAUUCAGUCCUCACCCUCGAGAUCUUCCACUCCAAGCCAUCGGAAACCCCCCAACCUCUCGUAGGCACCGUGAAAUUCCCACUGAGUAAUCUCAUCGUCUACGAUGAGUCGCUGUCCUGCGAAGUCUGCACGCUCGAGCUCCUACGUCCCUCUGGUCGUCCACAGGGUAAAGUCCGGGUGAAACUAGAGGUGAAAGAACGGCCUUUGCCUCCGCCAGUGCAGGAAUACCAUACUGCCCCUAAUUAUAGUCAUUAUUACAACCCUGCCCCUGCCCCCCCACCUCCUCCACCACCUCCUGCACGUGACUACAGGGAAUACUCUCCAUCUCCAUACGGCUACGCCGAUCCGUACGGUUACUACCCUGCCUAUUAUCCUCCACAACCACCCCGACCUCUCUACAAUCGAGCAUCCAAUUACAGCUUGCCAGGUGGGCCUUCUGCUCCAGUUGAUCUAUCUACCCAAUCAUCACCAUCGCCCUACGAUCACAAGCCGCCGCCGCCGACGGGAUUGUUCCAAAAGACGUCCAAUUAUGGUGUGCCAAGUGGACCGUCGGCUCCCGUCGAUUAUUCACAUGGGAAAGGUAGUGGGUCCCUUAUCAGUGGGGCAAUGGGAGGGUUAAGUUUGGAAGAAGGGAGUAACUACGAGAAAGAGAAAGUUGCUACUGAUAAGGAGAGUCACAGCUACCAUGAUUAUCGUCGCGAAUAUUGAAGGAAUAGAGAGACUGUGUGCGUGUGUGUGAAGGUAUAUUUUAGCUUUUUAUACUCGCAUUGUGGCUUUGGCUGAUGGAUAUACUUUUGUAUGUACAUGCAAAAAAUUAUCGCAACUGCUAGAUGCAGCACUCAGUCUUUCGUUGUGCUUCAAUUAUUUCUUAUCUAGUGUGUCUGUUUCUCUUACUUCUGUAAUGGAUGUUUGGUUCUAUA